GGUGCUGACGCGCAGAGGCCGGGCGGACGGCGGAGCGCCAUGCCCUACGCGAACCAGCCCACCGUGCGGAUCACGGAGCUCACCGACGAGAAUGUCAAGUUCAUCAUCGAGAAUACGGACCUGGCGGUGGCCAAUUCCAUUCGGAGGGUCUUCAUCGCUGAGGUGCCCAUAAUAGCCAUUGACUGGGUUCAGAUUGAUGCCAAUUCCUCAGUGCUUCAUGACGAGUUCAUCGCUCACAGGCUUGGAUUGAUCCCCCUCACUAGUGAUGACAUUGUGGACAAGCUGCAGUAUUCCCGGGACUGCGCGUGCGAAGAGUUCUGCCCCGAGUGCUCGGUGGAGUUCACGCUGGACGUGCGGUGCAACGAAGACCAGACUCGCCACGUCACGUCUCGGGACCUCAUCUCCAACAGCCCCCGGGUCAUUCCGGUAACAUCCCGGAACCGAGAUAAUGACCCCAAUGACUACGUGGAGCAGGACGACAUCCUCAUCGUCAAGCUGAGAAAGGGCCAGGAGCUGAGGCUUCGCGCCUACGCCAAAAAGGGCUUUGGCAAGGAACAUGCCAAGUGGAACCCCACUGCAGGGGUGGCUUUUGAAUAUGAUCCCGACAAUGCCCUGAGGCACACGGUGUACCCCAAGCCAGAGGAAUGGCCAAAGAGUGAGUACUCAGAGCUGGAUGAGGAUGAAUCACAGGCUCCCUACGACCCCAACGGCAAACCAGAGAGGUUUUACUACAACGUGGAGUCCUGUGGCUCUCUGCGCCCUGAAACCAUUGUCCUCUCAGCCCUCUCUGGAUUGAAGAAGAAGCUGAGUGAUUUGCAGACCCAGUUAAGCCACGAGAUUCAGAGCGACGUCCUCACCAUAAACUAACUGCAGCUCGCCCGUUUCAGGAAAACAGGAGUGUGAGUCAGUAGUAGCUGGAUUCCAGGUCUCCUGAGAUUCUACUAGCUUCUUAGCCUCAAGCUUUUUGGCAAAUUGUCAGGUAGCGGUGAGGUGCUCGUGGAUCAUCACUAGGGCAGUUUUCUACUGGGCAGUAGCAUCCUGGCCCACAGCGAUCGCCAGUGAUGCUCCCCAGGGCGUCUUCUCCACCCUUGUCCCUAAUGUGCCUGUGGAGGUCCUACUAUUUCCCUGUUAAGAGCCACUGAGCUGGACGCCCCUCUCUGCCCGUUUUAGCUCCUCUCAUACCCUUUGUGUCCAGAAGGCCUUCUUGCAGUUGUACUCGGGUGUCUGGAUUGAGUGCUCUUAGACGCUUCAGGCUGCCUGCAAGCCCUUCCAGUCCCGGGCACGCCACUCAUUCCCACCAGCCCUGAAUUUCACACUAGUGUACAUCUGACAGGACAAAUAAGCCCUGUGUCUCCUCUACCCAGGGGUUAAGACCACCACCAAUGGUCUCGUUUAUUGGGGGAGGGGGUGAACGGGCGGGCAGGGCCUUAAUGAAGGUCUGGCCUGACCCCUUAGCCCUAUAAGUGGUAACAUACUGACAGCAAGUUAAUUAGCCUGGCAGGAGAAAACCAGAGAUCCAGUACAGAAAGGAAAGGAUAUUUAUUGAUUAACAAUAGUUGUCUUUUUUUAAAGUUUUUAUUUUUGGCAAUAAAGAGCACAACAUAACCUCCUUCAUGCGUCAUCGUGCCACUAGCUGAGCCGGCCAGCUCUGCCUCCCUCUCCAAAGCCUUUGGCCUGGGCUCCCUUCCUCAGGCCGGCUUAUGCCUCUGGGUGGUCAUUCCCUGGGUCAAGUCCAGAGCUGAGCUGGCUGUCACCACCGCCCUGGCUC